GGAUGGAGUCCAACAGACGCACGUGUUGUUGAGGCUCUAACUUCGCACCGUCUUCGAGGUGAGUUGCUGUUAGUGUGAUGGAACACUGAGGAGUACUGCAGUGAGAAGACAGACUGGGCUCAUGGAGCGGAGGUCGGCUCUGGUGUGGAUCUGUCUGCUGGGGGCUGGACUCGCCCUGGUCCUGCAUCCAGCCUCGUCCGUAACGACCUCCAAGGCCCUUCCUCGACCUCCGCGGCUGCUUGGCUGCGUGUUUCUGAAUCAGGCUAACGUCACCUGCCGCUGGGAGGCUGGAGACGCCUCGGCAACACACUACACCCUGCAAAUUCAGAAGAGAUCUGGAGCUGUGGCCUUGACAAGAAACGUCACUCUGAAGACGUUCACCUGCACCACGAUUGACACCAGCUGCACGGCGGAUCUCGGCAAAUCAUCCGUGAGGUUCAUCUUUUGCAUCAUCAUCACAGCUCAUGGCCGCAGCAGCAACAUAUCGUCCGAUCCUCGCUGUCAGCCCGGGAGGACUGAAAUAAUGCUGCCUCCGGCCAUUUUGAACAGCGUGAAGCCGGUGGAUGAGACGCCUCAGUGUCUGCACGUGAUCUGGAGUCGCACCUUGUCUGUGUUUCCUGUGUCUGACCGUGAAAUCAAGAAUGGGACCCUGAAUUCCCAAAUUGAAGUCACAGCAGAGGGGCAGCUCGAUAUCCAGGUCACAAAUGUGACAGUGAGAGACUACAGCUUCCCAGUUUGUCUCCUCAGACCUGGCACUUCGUACACCGUCAGACUCCGUCAUAGUUACCGGGGCCCAGAGAGUCCCUGGAGCCCGUGGAGCAACGCGCAGCAGGGAAGGACAGCAGAGGACGCUCCAUCUGCAGCUCCAGCGUUCUGGAGGCAAGUGAAACAAACAGACAGUAAAGGGUGGAGACUCACCUCGCUGCUUUGGAAGGCUCUGCCUCCCUUUCUGGCCAAUGGCAGACUUCUCUUCUAUAAUGUGACUUGUCAGACAGAAAGUGCACAAAUUCUGAAUGAUCGAGGCUCCUGCAGAGAUUUGCACCAAACACGUACGUCCUGUACCUUUCUCCUUCCUGCUGAAUGCUGCUCCUGUGCCCUGACGGCCUCCAACUCUGCUGGGACCUCGCCAAGGGCCCAAAUAUGGCUCCUCGGAGCCUCUGAGACAGAGCCACCGUCCCCGAGACAACUCACUGCCCGUCCACUGGAUGACAACAGUGUAAACGUGAGCUGGACGGCUCCAGCCAAACGAUCAGUGAGUGGCUUCAUCUUGGAGUGGUUUGCUGUCCGAGACGAAAACAGCAGCGUCCUACACUGGGAAAGAUUGAAUAGUUCUCAGACAACAUUUGUCAUCACAGAGGGAGUAAAGCCGAUGGAGCGUUAUGCUGUUUCUGUCAAAGCGCUGUACAGUGAGCGAUGGGUGGGAAAGAACAGGACACUUCACAUGUAUACACGCCAGGCAGCGCCAUCAGCUGGUCCUGUUGUGGAAGUGCAGCAGAUUUAUGGGGGCAGAGUGGAGCUCAGCUGGAGUCCUGUGCCUGUGGAGCUGCUUCGAGGAUUCAUCCGCAACUACACACUCUACUACACCGCUGCAAACCAGCCGGCCAGGAGUGUGUUAGUACCUGGUAACGUUUACCGUUACACCCUGGAGAACCUGUCACCCGGAAACUGUGACAUCUUUAUGCAGGCCAACACUGACGCUGGUACUGGAGCAGCUGGGCCCAUUGCUAAUGUGCAUAUAGGCUCUGAGGAAAUCUCAAAGAUUAUGUAUGUCAUCCUUUCCCUCAUGGUGACCGGCACGCUCGUACUGGCACUGAUGGUGUGCCUGGCACAAAAUAAGAUAAAAAGGAAGCUGUGUCAAUUCGUCCCUGAUCCUUCCAACAGCAGUCUGGCUCAAUGGAUCCCAAAGACCACCUCAGAGAGUAUGAAGCAGCCUUCGGAUGCAGAGAGGACUCAAAUCGAAAACUCUGAGGUUAUCUUGUCUGGUGAAACUGAGCCUCUCAACUUUGACCCGAGUCAGACCACAAAGAAUUUCAUGAUCUGUAAUCAAACAUAUUCAUCUCUUCUGGAUCCUUCUGGGUUUCAUCUUCCUCAAAGUGUCCCGCUGUCUGAGAAGUUGUUCAGCAGGGGCCCAUUCAGAAAAACCUUCACCACUGAUCUCUCCCCCUGCCCCCCCCUCUACUCCAAUGUGGUCUUCUCUCACACUCACAAUCCUGCAGCACCCAUCCUGUCCCCUUCUCCUCCCCAGUCCCGUGAUGGGCGGCACGUCAGCAUCGGUGAUGUGAAGCUGCCGCUCGGUGGAGACGGUGCAGCUUCACCUCAGCACCAAAGCUCCACUAUCUUCUCCGGCAGUAUGUCUCCAUCCUCGGCCUCGCAGUCGCACCCUGCUGACGUCACUUCAUCCAAACACCUCCGUCCUCAAAGCCACUGCACCUCGGGCCUGUCGCUCCAGCCUGACACCUUCACCCACCCCAACUCUCCCGCUGACAACGUUUCCUCUCUACUUCCUCUGGUUUUGGUGGAUUUCUCCUACUGUUCUGUGGUGUGUGAUAAUCACUCAUCCCCUGCUGUAAAUCCAUGAUGUGUGCUUAUAAUAUAAAAAUGUAUAUUGUCUCUUGUGGCUUUCACAUUUUCUCACGAUGCCCUGUGAAAUGCUUUACUGUGUAAAAUGUGUUUCAAAGUGUCUUUAAAAAAUGUGUACGUCCCCUUUGACUUAUGAAAACCAUCAGUUGAUCAUAACUUUCGAGAAGAACGAUGCUGCUUUCAUGUCUGGACAGUAAAUAUAAAUACCGAGCUUAGUCUAGCAUUUAGCAUUAGGAAGCAGGGUGAAACAAUUAGCAUGGCUCUGUCCAAAUGUGGUGCCGGCGACUUUAAAUUAACAUUUUAGGUUUUGUUUGUUAAAUGUGGAAGAAAUGUUAAAAACAACACAAUUGGAGAUAAAUUGAGAUUAGCUCUUUUUAGUCUUUAGGCUAAGCUAACUAGCUGCGAGUUGUACCGACUUGAGAAGUGUCUCAACCCUCUCAUCUAAUUCUUCUCAAGAAAGUCAGAAGAAUGUUUGACAGACAUUGUGUUAUUUGUACUUGAGUAAUGAAGGUUUCAUAAUGUGUUUUUGAUGUUAUACCUCUAUA